GGAACCUGAGGAGGAGAGGAGGAGAGGAGGAGAACCACACCUGAGCUUCACAACACACAGCGCUAACUUUAACUGGACCAGUGAACCGGCUCUCAUGUCUCCCCGGUUCUCUCCGCCUCGGUUCGGCUCCAGCCCGCCCGCUCUCUGACCGCCUCUCUCGGCCAGUCUGUCCCCGGAGGACCGCAGUGAUGCUCCGGCUGUGGUUCGAAGCGGCGGUCGCUCUGUGGCUCGUCCCCGGCUGUGUGGCCGCCUCGGCCCGCCUGUACACGGAGGAGGACCCGCUGGUGAUCCUGAGCAGCGGCAGCCUGAAGCCCAGCGUCACCAACUCGUCCUCGGCCUGGCUGGUCCAGUUCUACUCGUCCUGGUGCGGACACUGCAUCCAGUACUCCAGCACAUGGAAGGCUCUGGCCCAGGACGUCAAAGGUACCGGACCGGUUCUGUUCUCUCUCUUAAAGGUCCAGGCUUUGUUGUGUCUGUCACGUGUCCUGUCCGGUUCGGCAUCAGUCUAUCGGAACCUGCAGGUCACUCAGGAGCCCGCGGGCUCAGGCAUCAGGAGGUUCUGGUCGGUGUACCUGAACACACCUGAGCGUCAACAUCCAAUCAGCUGAUUUCUGACGUCAUCAUCACAGACACGUUACCUGUUAGCUCCAUGACGCUGACAGACAGGCAGACAGACAGACAGACAGACAGACAGACAGGUGACAUCAACUGAGUUCACCCAGGAAGUGCCCUGAACCAGACCGGACCGGUUCAGGUGAGCUGUUCAUAGUGAGCUUAGUGAGCUUGU